AUGGCGUUACUAGCCACUACAUCGUCACCAACUGUUUGCCCUCAGAAGACAACAUCAGGCAAAUGUUGCAGUAUUCCAUUCACGUACAGAGGAGUGACCUACAAUUCUUGCACUUCUGCUAACCAUAACGGACCCUGGUGCUCCUUGGAUCCUGUGUACAAGGGAAGAUGGGGCAACUGUCGUGAGUUUUAAAUUGACUAAGCUAAAUCAUUUUUAGUGUGUAUUUCAAGUAAUAUUGUUAUUGUUACACGAAUUGACUAUCCGAUUGAGUACUAAGACUUCAAAAAGUCAUGACUGUAUAUAUACAUUCCACGUUGUUUAUGUCACGCAUUACUGUUUUAAUUGUACCUUUGCCUAAGAAUAAUUUCUCUAAUUCACCCACACAAUUAUGAAAGCGGUUCUCAAUAACAACAAUUGCACUUUUAAGGUAAAGGUGCAUACAUGUUCGCCCGCACUUCCUAACCUUUGGUUACUGCGAGUGAUUAUUCCAUUAAGAGCAUUGUCUUCUCUUUGAUAGCGUUACCAGUCACCACAACGUCACCAACUGUUUGCCCUCAGAAGACAACAUCAGGCAAAUGUUGCAGUAUUCCGUUCAAAUACAGUGGAGCGACCUACAAUUCUUGCACUUCAGCCAAUCACAACAGACCAUGGUGCUCCUUGGAUCCUGUGUAUAAGGGAAGAUGAGGCAACUGCCGUGAGUUUUAAAUUUACUUAACUAAAGCCGAACCUUAACUCUGUGUUUCAAAGUUACAUUAUCAUAAUAUCAAGAGCAUUGUCUUUUCUUUACUAGCCGCAGUAACCACAACGUUACCAACUGUUUGCCCUCAGAAGACAACAUCAGGCAAAUGUUGCAGUAUUCCAUUCGAAUACAGUGGAGUGACUUACAGUUCUUGCACUUCUGCCAAUCAUAACAGACCCUGGUGCUCCUUGGAUCCUGUGUAUAAGGGAAGAUGGGGCAACUGCCGUGAGUAUAAAUUGACUUAGCUAUAAAGCAUGUUUAAUGAUAUUACAUCUUUAAUGAUGAUAGUACAUACAGGUCAAUGUUGUAGUAUUCCAUUCAAAUACAAGCAAGUGACCUACAACUCUUGCACUACUGCUUAUUACAACAGACCUUGGUGGUCCUUGAGGCCCUGCCAGGGGGGGGGGGGGGGG